ACUAAUCGAGCCUGUGUCCACCGAGCAAACACAAAAUUGGCCACGAGGAUGGCGCAGAGCCACACAAAGUAUGGACAUUUGGAACCACUCCAACCAGGUGACAAGAUCGAUGAAUAUCACCAACGUUUUCUGCUCUAUUGUACCGCCAACAACAUCGUCGACGCGGACAAAAUGAAAGCAAUAUUCCUCACGACAGUCGGAGGAACAACGUACUCAAUAUUAUCGAACCUCGUCAGUCCGGCUAAACCACAAGAUAAGACCCUCGACGAACUCAUCACAUUGCUGAAGAAUCAGUACGAACCGAGGAAGAUAGUCAUUGCCGAAAGGUUCAAAUUUUAUAAGAGACAGCAGAAAGAGGGCGAAUCAAUUGCAAAUUACCUUGCAGAAUUGCGCCGCUUAGCAAAACAUUGCGAAUUCGCGGACAGCCUGAACACAGCGUUACGCGAUCAAUUGGUGUGCAGUCUCCGACAUGAAGGCCUACAGCAGAAGGUCCUAGCAGAACGAGACCUGACAUUGGAAAAGGCACUGUCGCUAACUCAAGCGCACGAAACCGCAAGACAUGAACUGAAAUUGUUGCAAGGAGAACCGCAACCAAGUCGACAAACAUACCAAGCAGCGGAGACAACGUUUACAGUGCAAGCAUCCGGAGGUAGGCGGUUCACUCCCAGGGAUAGCAGAGCUGAAGAGCGUGUUUGCCAUCGUUGUGAUGGACGCAAUCACGACUCUGAAAAGUGUUGGUACAAGAGCGCCACUUGCCGGGUUUGCAACGUUAGAGGUCAUAUGGCCAAAGCUUGCAGGAAACGGAAGCAAUCUGGCCAGAAGUAUCAAGCGAGUUAUGGCUCGGAAUUUCAGAACCGCAAGCAAGCAACGAAGUCGACGAAGUCCAGACACCAAACGAACCAAGUCGAAGAAGACGACGAGGUGAGUAUGAUAUAUACUCUGACAGACAAACAGAGCUCACCCAAAGUCACCGUGGAAGUUGCGGGGGCGUUAGUGACAAUGGAUGUCGAUACCGGGGCAUCUAUGACUAUGAUACCUGCGUACAUAUACAAACGUUUUCUGACUCACGUGAAGUUACAGAAGAGUAGAGUCAAACUUCAGACAUACUCCGGAGAACGACUGACGGUAAGGGGGAAAGCUUCAAUCCGUUACGGCAACCAGACCGCACGUGAGAAAAUGGUAGUUGUUGAAGUUCAAAACAAACCAGCAGUCUUGGGGCGAAACUGGCUUUCACAGAUCCGACUGGAUUGGCACAUGUUAUUUAGGGUUGACGGACCGACCAGCCCACGGGAGACGCUGGGUACCGAUUAUAUUAAGAGAUACCCCAAUUGUUUGAGAAGGGAAUUGGAACACUGAACGGAUACGAAGCACGCAUU